AUGAAAAUGUUUUUGAAUGAAGAUGAUUUGAUUAGAUGUAACAGGGACCAGUCAGGCGGCAUAAAACAAUAUUGUAAACCAAAGUACAGUACUGAUAAGGAUAAGACAGAACGAGAACGGAAGCGUUACAGUGAUAUAUUGCCUGAUAUUGAAGUUGAAGAGUUUGAUAAAAGUGAUGACAGUACCAAUGAACUACCUCAAUUUGAAUCUGUUGGUUUAAAAUCAGAUCUCAAUCCAGAACUAGCAAAAGACAAUAUUUCAAAGGUAAUGAAAUCUUCCAAGAAGAAGAAGAGGCAUCGUUCUUCAGUUGAAAGAUCUGUACAUUUUACAGAACCUCUAGAAAUAGAUGAUGAUUUUGAAGAUGGUGGAGUCUUGAUGAAAUCUAAUCUUCAAACAAGUUUUAAAACUUUAGAAAAAUCACCUGAGACGCCAGAGAAAUCUGAAAGUGACAAUGAUGUUCGUAUGAUAUCUCCAGACUCCACUCCUGUUAAAGACAGUGUUGAUGAUAUUGAGCUGCCCUCUAGAGGCCGUUGUUAUGUUAAAACUCCGCCCCCUAUUGAGGAAGUGGCAGCCAUCUUUGACAAACUUGGUGACACAGAAGUACCCUAUGUAAACAUUGUUGAACUAGUCGAUAAAUGGCAUGCAGAAGACGAAAUUGUGUCAACGAGUCAUGAUGCCAGAAAGAUAACAUCAAAACCUAAGAUUUACGAUAAAUCUAGGCCAAAAAUGUCAGUGUGUACUAGUCCUAUGUUGUUAAGAAAUGACAAUAUAAGAAGUUCUAUUCCUGACUUAGCUCAACCCAAGACUUCUUUAAGCGCUGUAACAAACAAUGAUUCUACGAUACUUCAAAAAUUUGAAACCUCUGUGCAAUCACGUCCAAAAUUCAACAUUUUGAGUUCAGUUUGUAUAAAAGACGAAGACAAUGAAGAAUUCUGUGAUAUAAUUGAUUCUCAGGAAGCUUGUGAUGUGCCUUUUAAAGACAUUUCUAAUAAUUCUGAUGCAGAAUUGCCUAGUAUUAAAAUUAGACAUAGGCCAUCCUCAAUUUCUCCAAAGGUAUUGAGUGAAUCAAAAUCCAAACAUUCCUCUAGAAAUAAAAUGGUUUCCAAUCUUUCUGUUAAAACAACUGUGUUGGAUACUCAAAAUAUUGAGGAAUUUGAUACAGAAAUUGAUAGAGCAACUUCUAGUCCAUUAGACAUUAAUAUGUGCAAUAGUGAACGGACAGAAGUUUGUAAAAGUACAUCUCUUGGCACUGUGAAAAGCAUGAAUAAUUCUGUUCUGAAAAGUACCUCCCCCAAUAAUUCUGUUCAGAAAAGUACCUCCCCAUGUGUUGUUAAAACUAGUUCUAGUUUUGUGGAUGCUGAAAUGUUCAAUGAUUCCAUGUUUGAAAAAGAUUUAACAUUACCUCCUGAAUUUAAAUCCCAUCAUGAAUUAGAUGGGACACAGUUUAAUUUGACACAAGCCUUAUCAUUUCUUGAUAAAACUGACUCAUCUUUUAGGACUCAGACUGAACAUAAAAUGCCUUCUAACAAAUGUGAUACUAUAACUGAAGAAGGUUCUUCUGGAGACUUUUCAUCUUCACCAGUGUUUGGGAAAAGUCAGAAUUGUAUCCAGAGAAAUUUAGAGACAGCUGAUUCCCAAGCUUUUAUUCCCCAAGAUUUCGAAGACAAUAUGACUUGUGAGGAUUUCCCAGAAAAUGUUUCUGAAAGAGAAAUGUCAAGUGCAUUUGAAAAACACCUUUCUACAAACUCUGACUCAAAAAUUAUCUUAAAAUCUAAUCAUGAAAGUUCUAGUGAUAAUUCGAUGUUGUGUAACAAUCAAAAUAGCAAAGUCAGUCCUGUUUUCACUUCAAAAACUUUAGAUCAAAACAAAAUAGCACAGCCAACAGCAAUGAAAUCAGCAAAUGAAAGCCUGGCAGAUUUGUUUGAUGAUGAAAUUGAGAUGCCUCAGUUUGAUUUAGGAUUUGAUUUAGAAGAUGAUGAUGAUAUGAUUCCUCCAUCCCCAGAAUCAAAUUCUUUCCCCCAUCCUAGUCAAAAUAUAACUGCUGCCAAAGGCAAAUUGAAUGAUAGCAAUGGAGGUGACAAGGGUUCUGGUAGACAAUUGUCUUCUUUGAAGAAAUGUCCUCAAAAUGACAAUAAAGUUGAAAAUGUAUGUACACCAACUAAACUCUCAUCUAUAGAGAUUGGCUCACCAAUAUUAGACAGUGCUAAAAAGGAUGAAUCAUUAUCAGUGUUCGAAAGAAUUAAGUUAAAAAAUUCACCAGCAAUGCAAUCAUUGUCUAAUUUCAACAAACAGAAUGUUGUGUCAGAUCGUGUGUCUCUCAAGUGUUCAACUCCAUUAAAAGACCUGUGUGUAAACAAUCAUUCAACACUAAAACUACCUCAGUCUCCAUUAAUUAAUCAGAAUAAUUUUGAAUCAAGUUUCUCAAUCCUCUCUCCCUCUAGUGCUAAGAAACCAAAAUUUGAAAAUGACACCAUGGCUAACAAUGACAGGUCUAACAAAAAAUAUUUUAAAAGAUUACCUUCUCAAAACAUUGACAACAAGGAUUCUUCAGCAGAACAUUCCUUUGAAAUGUCUAAGCAGCAUUCACCUCAGCCUGAAGCUCUCAAGUCAGACGAAGACUCUCAAGAUGACCAAGAUACAAAAAACAUCCUCAAACAGUUGAUAACAUCUACCCAAGGUGAUCAACAUUCUGAUGAUGAUUUAUUUGAAGAGGAUCAAGAUUUGGAUGAUUUUAUUUCUAAUCAACGUGAAAUACUAGAUAACAUACGUAAAAACAACAUGGGACUUAACUCUGAUGUGAUAGAUGAAAUAGAAACAGACACAGUCAGAAAUGAUGAUGUAAAUGAUUUAAAUGUAUCAUUAAAAUCCAGAUUAUCUUUGAAGAAUAAUUGUACCAAGAUUUCAUCAACUAAAACAGAUGAAGAAGACAGUUUUGUUAUAAAUAGAAGGAAGAGAUGUAGAAAAAUACAAAGUCCAGAAUUUAAAACUCCAACUAAACCAGCCAGAAAGAAAAUAAACCCUUUAAAUAUAUCGAGUGAAGAAGAAAAUGAAGUCAAUAAAAUUCUAGGUUUAGAGAGUUUAAGACAUGAAGAGGAUUCGGAAGAUGAUUUUGACACUUCAGAUAUAAGAAUACAACCAAAAAAGGAUGACAAAGUUUCAAAACUGAAAAAGAAAAAGAAACGAGAGAGAGGAGGAAAAUGUAUGUUUAUAGAAGAUGAAGCUGAUAUAUUAGACGAUGAUGAAUCAACAGAUGAGAGUUAUGAUAGUGAUCACCAACAACUUAGUGGUAAUUUUAUCAAUGAUGAAACACAGUAUGAUGGUUGUACACAAUCACAUAAUCAAUCAGUCACAAAAUCAAUCAGGUUAGUACAUGAUUUAUUACAGACAUCACUUCAAUUUCUACAAUCACAUAAUCAAUCAGAUAUGCAAGCUAUGUAUUUAAAAUCAGUACGAAGUCCAAUUAAUAAAGGUCGCUAUAGACUACAGUAUAAUUAUCAACAUCAUGAUGUCUAUUCACAAGUACCAAAUCAAGAUGAAAACUCUGAGUAUCUUGAAGAUAGUUUUUGUGUUGAUAAUGAUUAUGAAGAUUCGUUAAUAAGUCCAGAAGAAAUAUCAGUGAUUGAACAGAAAAAGAAGCCAAAAAAGAAAUCAAAAGUACAAAAUUUAAAUGAAGUGAAAGGAAAGAAGAGACUACGUAAGAUGUCUCAAUCAUCCAGUGAUGAUGAAAUGAGACCAGUGAUACCCUUAACUCAAAAUACAGCGUCUUUCAAUACUUCUCAACCCAUGACUAAAAUAAAGAAAAGGGCUUUCUUUUCAAGUAGUGAGGAUGAAGAACAGAGUACCUCUAAGGCAGUGAUAAACAGUUGUGAAAAGUCAAAGUUCUCAAAUUCGGUUAAGAGAUGCAGUGUAGAUUCCAAAGAGACCAACUCUGUAGAUAAGAAUAAUCAGGAUUAUAUUCCAAAAAGUAAACCAAAUGCAAAUGUGUCUAGUGUGACUACAAAAUCUGUGCCUUGUGUUGAAAUUCCUAACUUUGAUCUGGAACUAGAGUUUUUGGAUGAUGACAUGCCACCUCCACCUGUGGAGAAAACAACACCAUCGACCAAUUUGAACCAGGAGAGAUGUGUAUUUGAUCAAUCAAGUGAUACUAGUAAGACAUGUUUAUCAGAUCAGGAGAAGUCGAAGCAAGAAAGACUGGAAAAACAAAGAAAACUACAGGAAAAAUUUAAAUCCAGACUUGAACAACAGAAAGCUAGUGAAAAUCAAACUGUUAAAACACAAGAAAACAAUGUAAAUGGUAGUAACAUGAGUUCUACUGUUAUCAGUGAUAGCAAUAUUGAUGAUUUCAUCAUAGAGUCUUGGCCUAAGAAAACAGCCAAAUUAAGUAUUUUAGUUGACUCAAGAGAAAUCAGUGGAGCUCAGGAAAUAAUCUCUAAUCUACGUAUAAAACAUAAUAUAAAUGUAGAAGUUCGCCAGUUGAGUUAUUGUGAUUAUAUCUUGUCUACAAGACUGGCUGUAGAUAGACAAGUCUGGUCAGAGUUUAGUAAUGGAUCUAAUCACAGUAAAGUUAUAGAAAGAUUACAGAAGAUGAAAGAACUGUAUGAUAGAUGUUGUUUAAUUAUAGAAACAGAUAAAAUCAAGACUGGAGAUAAAACUGUCAGAAAACAACACAGAACUAAGUAUGUAGAUCAGUUGAUAUGUACAGUUAGUCAGAGUGAUAUUAGACUGUUGUUUACAGAUUCUCAAGAAGAUACAUGUAAUAUAUUAGUUGAACUUUGUGAAUUAGAGAGUAAAAAAGGGCUGUCUAUCACUACACCAUUAUCUCUUAAUACAAACCAACAACAGAUGUUGAAGUUUUAUUUAUCCAUACCAAAAGUGACAUACAUUCAAGCUGUGAAUUUUGUAUUUAAUUUUAAAAAUGUGUCAAAAUUCUUGAAUAGCUCUGCUAAAGUACUAGAAAUUAAUGGUAAACUUUCUGCUGCAAGAAGUACUGAAAUCUAUAAUUAUAUCAAUAGAAAGUUUGAUCUACAAAUGUUACCCACAAAGAGAUGA